UUUGAGUGUAAAAUAAUUCGGUGUCCAGAUUUGUACUACAGCUCUGUCAAUUCUUUUACUGAUUUUACUCUGCAUGAGGGAGUUUUCCCCACCUGAUGAUGGUUCAUGUUUAAGGUGUGAACGCGCUGUGAGAUAAAACACUUAGCAGCUCGUCAGGAAUGAGAGCUCAGAGGGCCCCGGUAGCAGUCUUCCUCACAUGCUAAGCAGCCUCUCUGGAGGAGCCUCCAGCUCGCCAAUGGGGGGUUCCAUCUAAUCCAACUUGUUUUCACUGUCUUGCUGAGAAGCAAGAGUUUGCACAUUAGCAAUACAUUAAGCUGAACAAAAGAUGCACAUUCCCGAAACUUCUUUCAACGCUCAAACACAUCCUCCGUGGAGGCCCCGCUGUGGGCCUGUUACGCACUCUCACACUUCAGAUUUCUUGUGAGAAAAUGUGGCGUGCAUUCAGGAAACAGCUGCAACAUCCUCCAAGUCAUUGUUCAUCAAAGUUGUAACAUUCACAAUAUAUUUUGCCUCAUGCGUAAUUCUCACAAAUAUUCAACAUUUCAUUUAUAGAUCCACCACGCCCCAACGUCACUUGAUGUAUUUCCUUUAUUAGUUAAUUUUGGUAUUUAAAUUAAAAUACAUUUUCUUGGUUUCAAAUUUUUUAUUAACAUUAAACUCAAACUCCAAAAAAAUGCGCUUUUGACUCAAAACCUGCGUAAAUCCGUGCGUAAAUCUCUAAACUCUGUGCGUAAAUCACUGAAAAGUGGUGCCAAAAUACGAUUUGGCACUUUUAACUGGUUUGAUUUUUUCAAACAAACAAUUUACUGUUUUCUCUGUCUUUUUCAGUACGUAGACCCUCCCCAGCCCCCCAGGGUGACUGGUCAUUCCACUCUCAGAUAACGCGUCAUCCCCUCUUCGAUUACGCAGCAGGAUUUACAUGAAACUGUUAAUUGUUUGCUCUUAAAGUAGAGUCAGCCUGGAGCCAACAGUCUGCCAGAAGUUAAGGACCAACUAUCUGACCUCCCUCCCCCGCCCUCCUUGUCCGAACGUGCGGGCCGGUUUUACCCCCCAGGCUGGAUCUGCAUGACAAAGCACUGGCCGGAGCGGAGUCUCCUGGCACCACCCGAAUCGGCGCACCUUGGAGAAAAUAACGACAAUCAACUUGACUUAUGCAGAAAUGUGGAGCCGAGCUCUCCUCCUCCCAGCUGUGUAGCGCGGAGCGCACCAAGCCGAAACGGGCAUUGUGGCCCGGCUCCAAUGUCUCCACAACAGCAGCAGCUGGUGCGCCCGGAAAAGCGCUCCAGCACCACAGGUAUUAUGGAUAAACCGGCUACAACGAGCAUGCCGCACAAUGCUCAUGGUUUAUCCGGAAACACAUGGAGCAACGAGGAGAAACGCACCGGUGAUGGAAAGAAGAAGAACUACCAGCGUUAUCCAAAACCACCCUACUCCUAUCUUGCAAUGAUCGCCAUGGUCAUCCAGCGCUCCCCGGAGAAGAAGCUGACAUUAUCUGAGAUCUUAAAGGAGAUCAGCAGCCUUUUUCCAUUUUUCAAAGGGAACUACAAAGGUUGGAGGGAUUCUGUGAGGCACAAUCUCUCCUCCUAUGACUGCUUUGUUAAGGUGUUGAAGGAUCCUGGGAAACCUCAGGGAAAAGGGAACUUCUGGGCCGUUGAGUUAAGCCGCGUCCCCCUGGAGCUCCUGAAAAGACAGAACACGGCCGUAUCACGCCAAGAUGAGACGAUCUUUGCUCAGGAUCUUGCCCCUUACAUCCUGCAAGGCCACCAGCUGGAAUCUGAGCCGCCCCCUCCACCUAUGACCUCCCUCCCUUCUGUGCAGACAGAAAAUCCUCCACAAGAAGACUUGUUCCGCCCAAAGCUGGACUCAUCCUUUGCCAUCGACUCGCUGCUUCACAGCCUACGACCAGCUUUGGGCUCUGGUAAUGGAGACAACGUUUCUAACGACUGUUGGGGGGAAGUGGACCGUGUUCGGCCUCUGCCCGCUCCACGACCUCCUUACUCCUCCUCUGCUCGCAGCAUCUCUGCCAGCUCUGCAAGCCCCGCUUCCACCUCCUCCUCCUCCUCCGAUGAAGAAUGGAAAGAUGUGCCCCACUUGGGAAAGCGUCUUCCCCCAGACGGGGAAACAGGAUCAGGGGGUUACGAGGAUUUCAGGCAACCACUGAACAAGUCUGCCAGAAGGGACACUGUUGCCCCGCCUUGGGAGCUCCCCACCUCCUAUGCUAAAUAUGCUCCCCCUAAUGCUGUGGCUCCACCAAGCAUGCGCUUCAACGGAGGUCCUUUAGUGCCACUGCACGGUGGACUCCCUCUUUACAGCUACAGCAGCUCACCUGUGACUCACAGCCACUUCUUAAGCCACACCUACUGGCCCAUCAUCCCUAGCAGCCAUAUGUCCGUCCAAGCCCCCCAGCUCAUCAUGGACCUGGACAGCUUGUUGCAGACUGUGCCUCCAAACAAGAGCGUGUUUGAUGUUUUGGUUCACACCAGCCAGAACUCAAACCAUCAACCACAAAGUCAGUUCUCCCUGCAGAGUAGGGAUCCUCUAAACAGGUUCCAUCCGUACUGACCGUCUGUCAUGAAGGAGAUGAGGAACCAGAGACUCCAGUAUCACCAGCAUCUGAUUGUUCUUAAACAAAAUAAAAAGUUUAUUUUUUACCUCAAUAUUUUUUAAAUGAAAGAAGCUUUCCUUCUGGAUGUGAAGUAUUGCACAAUUUCACUGAAACUAACCUCGAUAAUCUAUACAGCAAACAACGAUCUACCUCAGUGUUUCAGGGAAAUUCUGCUUUACUGGACGCUCUUUGCACUGCUGGUCUGUUUGCACUGUUUGUGCCGGUACGCCUUUGCUUUUGUCCUGUGACUGAUGUACAUGUUUUCUCCAAUUUCUAUGGAAUAUUUACUCUAAGGGUGAUACGUUUUACUAAUCUAAGGAUUUUAUUGUUCUUUUAUAUGAUAGCUCAGACAUAGAAGAACAAAGAAGUUCUGACCAUUUUUUACCCUUAAUUUUUCUAUUUUUGAUUUUUUUGAUCUCAUUUACAGACAUUAAUUUAAAUGCAAACAAAAAAAAUCCAGCAAGGCUGUUAUUACUUGAACUCACUUCAAUACAUUGUAUUCUGCUACUUUGGUGUGAUAGAUUUGGUGUGUCAUGCCGGAGCUGAACUGCCUAAAGCAACAUGUUAUGUAUUUGCACUAAUUUUUUUUUUUUUUUUACUUUAUUUUGUAAAGAAAACAGCCAUAAAAAUGUCACUUUCUUUCAGUUUUAUGUUACUGUGAUAAGCAACUCAGGUCUAUUUUUUAUGUUUUCAUACAGUUCAUGUCAUGUUGUUUACAAGUUCUAACCUUACAGAGUUUACAAUAAAACACUGUUUAAAUAA